AAACACGUUCAAUAGAUAGCAAUCAUUCUCCAUCCAUUGUCGUUAGUUUAACGUGACGGUCAGGAAAGAAAACAUGAAGCUCAAAGUUUACUUGUGGGUUGUAUGCGUUUUACUAGCAUUCUGCAUGUGCAAUGCAGAAUCACACUUCAAAACUUGUGCCGAAAAACAAUUGAGUGAUGAUAAACCGCUCCAGUGUAAGAUAAAAAGUCUGCAGGUCGACGGGAACAUGCCCAAAGUGAAGGACUACAUGACCUGUGCUUUCGAAGCCUCUGGGUGGAUGUCGAAGGGAAGUAAUAAGUUGGACACUUCAAAGAUAGCAGAGGAUAUGACCCCCAAUGGAUUCAGCAUCAAGAACAAUUUGGAUGAAGUGGCCAAGGAAUGUGAAGAAGAGUUUGGAGCAGAAAUCAGUGCAAUUGACUAUCUGGCCUGUUUGCUUAUCAAUGAAAAAACGAAAAAGGAAUUCAAGAUGACGCUAAUGAUCAAAGAAGCCGAAUUCUUCAAGCAAAAUCUGUGUAAUUAGUCAAACCAAAGACAAAAACAAAUACAAAUUAUGCUGAAUAAAAACUGUUUUCCUG